CGCGGCUUUGCGGAACUCACGUACAGUGCAACCGACUCUUGAUUAAACAAAAACAUCGCUAAACACAACAAAUUUAUUUCAUACAAACAAUUUAAAUUUGGAACAAUAAUUAAAUUUGUGAAUUUGUGCCUAUUUAUUUUUUCUGUUGAAAUUAAAAUAUUGUAAAAGGGAUACUUUAAUUUUACUAAGUAGGUUACAUUACCAAAAAAAUUACAAUCUACAUUUUGUGAUAUGAUAAAAAUAGAAUAAUUGGAAAUGUCGACCGUUCCUUUGGUACGUCGCGCGAUCGCUGGUGCUACCCUUGCGCACGCUUCUGCCCCUCCAACUGAUCAGAAUAAUCCCCUAGUGGUCAACCAACAGGAGAAUCAAUGGACACCUGCUGCUUUGGAACGAGCCGGCUCAACCCUUAAGGCUCUGAACCGUAUGGCUAAACGUCCACCUGUUCACAUAUUAUUCGAAGAUGUUGGAUGCACUGUGAGCUCGCAUAAAGGAGAACAAAGAAUACUGCACAAUGUAUCCGGGGAGUUUCGUUCUGGUGAACUUACCUGCAUAUUGGGACCAUCCGGGGCUGGCAAGUCUACUUUACUCAACAUAUUGGCCGGAUACACAUCCAACGGGGUAAACGGUCGUAUCACUGUCAAUGGUCAUACGCGUGACAUGAGAGUGUUUAAAAAGCUCAGUAGCUACAUCAUGCAGGAUGAUCUGUUGCAACCACGGCUGACGGUGCAAGAAUCUAUGAGGAUAGCAGCGGAUUUAAAACUUGGGAAGGAACUUGGGAAACCAGAGAAAGAACUCAUCGUUGAAGAGAUUCUGCAGACCCUUGGCUUAUGGGAUCACAGGAACACAAGAUCUGAACGUCUAUCUGGGGGGCAGUCUAAGCGACUGUCUGUUGCGCUGGAGCUCGUCAACAAUCCACCAAUUAUAUUUCUUGAUGAACCGACCACAGGGUUAGACAUAGUGUCAAUCCGCCAGCUGGUAGUUCUGCUACGGCUGCUCUCCCGACAAGGGCGUACCAUCGUCUGCACUGUCCACCAACCAUCUGCCUCGUUGUUUACUCUAUUCGACCGAGUGUACAUCCUUGCGAGAGGUCUUUGCUGUUACCAGGGCGCGCCGCCACUUCUAGUACCUUACUUAGCAGAAAUGGGUCACAUCUGUCCUACAACUCACAAUCCUGCAGACUUCGUGCUGGAAACGCUGCUUGGAGAAGACGAGGCCCCGGCUCAACUGUCAGAACUGUGUCAGAAUGGAAAGUUGUGCAGAAAAUUAGACCGGAUGACAUUACGUGGUGGAAAGAAACCCGUAUUACACUCAGACGAGUCCAUACAAAGGAUAUUCGUUGAACACGUAGCUAAAGAGCAGAUGCAAAAAAUGGAGUUCCCUACGACCUUCCUAACUCAGUUUUUUAUUUUGACCAAACGUAUGUUCGUACAGACGAAAAGGAAUUCGAUAAGUCUGUGGAUACAAUUAUUGCAUCACUUGGUAACAGCUUUUCUUCUUGGUAGUAUAUUCUUCCAUGUAGGUAACGAUGCGAGCUCGCCGAUAGUCAAUUUCAAAUUCUGUUUGAGCUGCCUUGUUUUCUUCAUGUAUACGUACAUCAUGUUACCUGUUUUACUAUUUCCAAUGGAAGUACGUUUAUUGCGCCGUGAAUACUUCAACCGAUGGUAUAGCCUCAAGGCGUACUACGCAGCACUUUCCUUCUCAACUUUACCUGUUAUGGUGAUAUUCAGUCUAUUAUUCACUGCCAUUUCCUAUACAAUGUCUGGGCAGCUACUGGAGUGGAACAGAUUCGUGCUUUUCUCUAUAAGUGGCAUAUUGACAGCAAUAUGCUCUGAAGGGCUCGGACUUGCUGUUGGAUCAGCGUUCAGUGUGACUAAUGGCUCGAUAGUUGGUCCAGCGACCGCAGCCCCACUCUUAGCCUUAUGUUGCUAUGGCAUGGGCUUUGGAGCAUAUAUAGAGACGUACAUGAAGUUACUCAUGUCAGCAUCGUACCUCCGAUACGGCUUGUCAGGUUUCUCUCUAGCACUCUACCAAAAUAGAGGACAAAUGGAAUGUUCUGCCGAAUUCUGUCUAUACACAGAUCCGAAGCUCAUUCUUCGUGAUGUAGGAAUGGCAAAUGAUAACUAUGGCUUUCAAAUAUUAGGUCUAUUGGUAUUCACAGCUAUACACAGAUUUCUGGCGUAUUUCGCCUUACGGCAUCGUCUAACGGCUGAAUAUUCGAAUAAAUUUAUGACAUAUAUUAGUAAGUUCCUGAAACAUAGAUAAAAUUAUUUUUCAGUUAGUAUAAAUAAAUUAUAUUUAGUUUAAUUCAAAAGUAUGCUAUCUCAAAAUUAUUGAAUGUAUAAAAUACUAAAUAAUUUAUAAGUACUUACGUAGUUAAAUUAUCAUCUACUUAGUACACAGAGCUACAGCUGUGUUUACUCAAGAGCACACAAUCUGUUGGCUCCCCUAAGUGAAAAG